AUGUCUCUAUCUCCCUACUUGUUUUCUCGCAGAUCUUAUAUCUUCAUUCCUAUUUUCUGUAGAGUCGUCUUUGCUUGUUCGCUGUUCUGUCUGUUUGAUAGGAUCUUCCCUUCUCUACUUCCUAGGUUUUUCUUGCUUCUAUUAUCAUCUUCAUCUCGGAGGAUAAAAUGGUUGUUCUCUUUUGCACAGAGCAUGCUAAUGGAAGACAAAAUCCGACUGGGCUCGACGCCCCCGAGCUGUCACAACCGUUGCAACGAGUGCAACCCCUGCAUGGCGGUGCAAGUGCCGACGCUACCGGGCCCGAAAGGGAGACCGCUGGUUCCAAUGGACGACGAGUCGCCCUACAAGAGGUACCCCAACUACAAACCCUUGGGCUGGAAGUGCCGCUGCGGCAAUCGCCUCUUCAACCCCUAA